AGUGAGCCUGAUGUUGCUAUGACAAAGGUUCCUUAUAUGAGUACGAUGUUUUUGCAAGUUAAGGUGGAUUCAAAUAUUCGGAGAGAUACAAAUACACCAAACAACAGUCCAGUAGUUUUGGUUAAACCUUACUACAGCUUGGAACUGGGGAAAGACUAUUUUCUUCAUAUUCCGAUUAUUGACAACGAUGGCGACCAAAUUCAAUGUGCAAUAUCAACAUAUCUUGAGGCCGAAGGUUUCGGCAGUUUUUUAACCAACCUGAAGAAGGCAAAUGCACUGAGUAUAAAUAAAAACACAUGCAAAUUGACCAUCAGGGUCAUAAAUUCAGUGUUCCAAAUUGGCGACAGUUUUGGCAUACCUGUCACAGUGAAAGACUAUGGGACCACGGACACCAUCGUGGGUAGUACAACUCACUUUGCUUAUAACACGCUUUUUGGGAGAGUGUCUGUUUUGAUGUAUUUCAACGUGACGGGUGAUACUCAUCCACCAGAAUUUGCAACACCAACCCCACCCAACAACCAAAAGUAUACAAUUUAUGUUGGAGGGGCGUUUCAUGUAAACGUUUAUGCCAAACCAACUUUAAAUACUAGAACAAUCACAAAAUUCAACUUUUUGAGGAGAGAUGGUAAAUCUGUGAACCAGACAAGGCAUGUAGCUCCUUGGGAUCAGAAGGUGGCCUAUAUCUCCAUGAGCUGGUCUCCUGUCAAUGAAGAUAAAGGACAUCACAUUGUGUGUGCUAAUGCUGAGGACAGCGCAGGUGUAAGCACAGUUGAACUUCAUUGCUUUAGAAUUGAAGUAAAGGAAACUAUUUUCAGACCAAAUAACAAAAUACAGGGGAAGCCUUAUUACGCAUCAUUUCCAGAGCCUACAGAUAUAGUAUGUCCACUUCAUGCGUAUUGCAGAUUCCCCGUGUAUGCCGCGACCACCAACUCUAGGCAUACUGUCAACGAAAUUGUCAGUACGUCAGAGAGUGAAGAGAAUGUCACGAUAGAAUAUAGCCAUACUGUGAUCAACGGAUCUUCACCAACGACGGUAGCACAGGUGGAAUUCUUAGCACUUUUACCUGGUCCUCGUCAAAUUUGCCUGAACGCAUCGGAUAAUAUUGCAUGGACUACGCGGUGUCUUUACUUGUCUGUCCAAAGACCAGAUCCCUGUGCUUCACUACCAUGUCGACAUGGAGGAUUGUGCUCGCCAUCUGCUGAUAAUUCUGGCUUCCAGUGUCACUGUGUAGAACCUUUCACUGGUCAGUUUUGUGAAAACGGAAAUCAAGCCUGCGCUCAAAAAGAGAGUCCUUGCUUUAACACUACAUGCGUGGAUAUACCUGUUUCCCCACACUUCAUGUGUGGUCAGUGUCCAUAUGGCAAAGUAGGCUACAAAUGUGAUAUUGAUGUAGACCUUUGCCGUCCAAAUGUAUGCAAUGAUCAUGAAAUUUGUCAUCAGAACGGGAAUAUCUUUGAAUGUUUGCCAGAACAGCUCAGAGCACCUUGUCCUGAAGGAUGUGAGAAAACGUCGAGUACUGUUUGUGUAAAGAAUGAAUGUGUCUGUGCUUUAGAAAACACAUUGUUUAAGAAUGUUCAAGAUCUUCCAUAUUUUGUACCGCCCACUCCUGAUGUAGGAUCUGUCAUAGCAUGUGACUUUGAGCAAACGAUUUGUAAUUUUCCAAUUUACAUCUCAUCAAGUUCUUCGCCAUAUGCAGGAUCAUUCAAUGACACAGACACCAGUAGUCGCAUUAUAACUUUUUCGACACCUUUGAAAGACGUCUCAUCAGAUAUAUACCAAAUAACAGUGUCCGUUGGGAGUAAAACCAGAAAUUUUGCACCUGAAUACACCGAAUACGAUGUUUGUCUGGAUGUAGCAAAAACGAUAUCACGAGUUUCUAUAACGGACAAACGCUGUUUCCACUUAGUUGAGAAAGGUGUUCCACAAGCAGAUCAAAGCAUGCAACAGAUGUAUCCUGGUUGCUCGUUUUCCUCACAAACACCUCAGCGGGAGUCCGUUAUUGGAUGCAAAAAAGGGAAGCCCUGUCAAUUUUAUAUGUAUGCAGAAACUAAGGGAUCGUGCCCAAGUUUGAUUACACAUGAUGAAUAUACUGGCAUAUAUACUCCGGAACUGAACACGGGGCUAUGUCGAUACGAGGUAGUUUACACUAACACAUCAGCUUGUGGUAGCAAUACGGUGUGUUUUAUGCUAUGCACCAAAGGUGAAUCACGUUGUUACAAAGUCCAAACCAAUGACAUCAAUGACAAAUGUUCAACAAAUCCUUGCGUUAAUAAUGCAUACUGUCAGACCACAAUUAUGGGACUUCUAAAAUGCCACUGUCAACAAGGAAACUGGGGAAGGUAUUGUGAAAACAGUUUUUGUACCAGCAAUUCUUACUGCAAAAAUGAUGCCUUCUGUUUCAUAAAUUUUAAUGAAACAAAUUGCCUGUGUCGACCGGGAUAUGCUGGCUCUACAUGCGGUCAAAAAAUUUACCAAUCUAUAACCAAUGGAAUGAAAAAAGGAGGGCAUUUUACAAUGAUGAGCCACAUAGAUGUACUUACAUGUUAUACCAACGAACCGUGUCCUAUUCCGUUUAGUGUGUUCAAAUAUGUCAGUAGCAUGCCCCAUGUAGAGUUAGGAAGUUUUGAUAAAACUUUUGAAUUGAAGUCCCUGACUUUGGAACAAUCCGAAAACAAAGGAGGAAUAAUUCAUGGAACAUUGACGGUGAUUGGCCAUGAACUAGGAAUGAAAUGGAUAUGUGUCGACUCUUUUGAUUCUCCGCAGAAAACUAAAAUAGAAGAUGAACUUUGUUACAAAAUUAAUGUUGCAAAAGGACAAUACUUUGCGCCUAAAAAGCUGUUCCCACAUUUUAUACAACCUACUCUUCCUGACUCCACCAAUGUGCAAUGUGUUGUCAACGAACAGUGUUACAUAAACAUAUGGGCAAAAAACAAAUUGGGGGUAGACCAUUGUCCGUUACUACUGACUGACAAAAAAAUCGAAGAUGGCGUGCGUGUUUUUCCUUUAAAAGACACUGUAAGUCAGCCUUGCCUUUAUGAUGUGUCGAUAUUACCGGACAACAUUACUGAUCUCCACCUUUGUUUCACUCUCUCUAGUGAUGCAUCGGAAGUAAAAAAAUAUCAAAUGUACGAGGAGAAGCGCUGCUACUUCAUUAAAUUUGUACAAGAGUUUAAAGGUCAAGGUCUUUGUGUUGGAAUGUCUUGCCAGCACAACGGAUUCUGUGAUGGAAGCUCCCCUGUUUCCCGAUGCAUGUGUCGAUCAGGAUUUUCGAGCGAAAAUUGUUCCAAAGAUUUUGGAUUAGCCCAAGGAAUAAGUAACUAUUCGACUUCUCAGCUUACACCUCUGUUUGGAGACUUUGUAUUGCCAAAACUAAUUAGAUGCCCACUUCGACAAGAAUGUGUGAUACCAUAUUCUGUAACAAACACGGACAGCUCCUGUGGAUUUCAUCUUUCAUGGACCGGGGCUAAGUUCAAUAGUGUACAUCUCACGAAUUCUGUGAUAUUAGAAUCAUCAGACUGCGGUGGAAAAGCUAUGAUUAUACACAAUGUAUCUGGAAUAGACGAAUUUUGUCUAUCUCUUGAAUCAUCUGAUGGUCUGAUCUCAUAUGACAACGUCUGCUGCAAUGUGUCGUCUGAACGUGGUAGGUAUUUAACCUUUUCAUUACACUGCACCAACAAAUCACAAAAAUAUGAGCUAUGA